UGACCCUAUGGCGCAGCAAGUGCUUCAUUGAGCAACACCAAAAACUCAUGUGGUUGCUCCUGUGUUCAUUAGAAUGGCCAAAAUAUUACAGAAAUAUAUAAAGUUCUCCACCAAGGAGCUAGAACAGUAUGCCGCCAAUCCCGAUUCGUGUGUGCUGUGCGUUAAAACAGAUCUGCAUCUGUCGAUGGGCCCCUAUGGGAUGUCCAACUUCAAGCAUGCUUUGCACGAGCUUCUCAUUCGCACCAAGGUAGGCAUCUAUGAUGCCAACUUGAAUGGCAUUGUGCUUGGCAUUAAGAACAUAAAGGUGCUCGGCCAGACCGCGGGAUUGCGUGCCGAUGAUCCGACGUUACACUUGGUAAUUAAUGCUGAUUUCUAUGUGUUACGGCCUAAAGCGGGCGCAGUGCUUCAUGGCGUCGUGCGACAUAUAUCGAAGCAUCAGAUAAGCGCCAUUAUCUACAGAGUCUUCAAUACAACCAUACGGUUUACAAAUAAGAAACAAAGUCGCGACGGCAUUGUUAUGGAUCAGGAAAUCAAGUUUCGCAUCAAGGACUUCAAUAUUGGUAAUGUGAUGCCAUACAUAGAAGGUGAACUUUUGCUGGACGAGAGCGAGGCGCAAAGCAAAUCAAUCAAAUUUGAGGAUGAUGCUGAGGAGGCGGAAGCAGAGCCAGAAACACCUGUUGCAAAUGGCAGCGACAAUGGAGCGCAUGUGGAGCUCGAUGCUCUGGUUGAGCUGAUCAAAGUAGAACCCAACUUAACGCCAGAGCCCUCACCCAAAAAGAAGAAGUCGGAAAAGCGCAAGAAAGCGCUGGAGGAAGAGGUCAACAAAGUUGUGCCACAAGUGAAAAAAUCCAAAAAAAUAAAAGUGGAACCUGUAUAGCCUCAAAAACAAAAGUUAAUUUUAAUGAAUACCCUUUAAUACGGUACAAAUUAGUUGUAAACUAAGAGCAGAUUGCCAUGAGCAAUAACUCGGCAACUGGUUCUUUUUUAUUAAAUAUGUAGCAAUAGAGAAUUUGGUUAAUACAAAUUGUAAAUAUGUGUUGAAAAAUUCUCAUAACCAUUGAAGUUCCAAAAUUCGCCAUUAUCCACCAAUCUUUUGGAUGUCAUAGUUAAAUAUACCGGAAGAUGCUCUAUCAAUAUUACUCGACAGCCAUCACAAAAUUGAGCACCCAAAAUCGCUGGCAGGUGUGCAAGACAACAGCUCU